AGAAAAGGUAUAGUUCCAAAAGAGCACAAAUGCAGCAAAAACCAUACAGGCUCAUCUAAAGGCAUGGAGCCAGCUUUAGUGGUUGAUAUGAUAAAAGAUGUAAUAAAUAAGGGUGUCGAUAUUAAAGAAAUUGCUGGUGAUGAUGACACUACAGGUUUUCAAAGGGCACAAAACGUUCUUAAAAUAAAACUUAAGAAAAGAUCGGACAAAAACCAUAUCAAGAAAAACAUAUCAAAACAGUUAUAUGCAAUAAAAAAGAAUUACAAAGAAUUGUCACAAAGGGUCAUCAAUUACAUCAUGCAGAAUUUUUCAUACAUGGUUGCGCAAAAUAAAAAAAACACAGAAGGUGUAACAACUGGCUUGAAAGCAAUGGUAGGACAUAUUUUUGGUGACCAUAGCUUCUGUAAUACCAAGUGGUGUGUCUUCCUUGAACACCCUUUGGCAAAAUUUAGUAAGUUACCAUACGGCAAACCACUUCAAAAUCCAGAGCUGAGGAAGGAACUGGAUAGAAUUUUUAUUAAAAAAUUAUCAAUUCAAGCAGAAAAACUUGCAAAUCUUGCUAGCACUCAAACAAAUGAAAAUCUCAACCAAAUGUUAGCAACAAAAGCACCUAAAUAUAAACAUUAUUCUGCAUCUAACAGUCUGAGUUACAGGUUUAGUGCAACAGUGGCACAGAAAAAUGAAGGCCACAGAUAUGUGCAUGAGGUUCAUGAAUCAAUGGGGCUCUCACCAGGUAAUUUUACCAUAAAGCGUGCUACCUUCAUGGAUAAGAUCAGAAGAAAGUACAGUAAAUUACAGAAGACGAGGAAAUAUAAAAGGAGAAGAAUUGAGCUAAAGUCGGAGAAAUGUAACAGCAAUGGUAUAGCAGAAGUUCUAGAGGGAACAACUUAUGAAACCAAUAUUGACAUUGAGGAUGAUAUAACUGACCAACUAGAAGAAAUUCCAACUUGGAAACAGAUAACAGCUGAGGAAAACUUUCCAAUUAUAGUAUUUGAUCUUGAAACUACAGGCUUGUCUCGUCAGUCAGAUAUUGUACAGAUAGCAGCUUUAACUGAGAAUGAAACUUUCUCAGCCUAUGUUAUGCCAUCAAAGAAGAUAUCACCACAGGCAUCUGAUAUAACAAAACUUGCAUUCUUUGAUGGGCAAAUGUACUAUGAUGAAGUUCCUGUGGAAAGUUCACCACCAUUUGAAGUCUUUACUAAUCUUAUUGCUUUUUUGUCCAAGUUUCCUUCUAAACCAACACUUGUUGGACACAAUAUAAAAACGUUUGACUGCCAUAUACUGUAUAAUCAAUUGAAUAAAUUGAAGAUGUGGGAUGAAUUUUGCCUGUAUCUUAAUGGGUUCAUUGACACAAGAAUAUUGUUUAGGAGUGAAUAUCCAGGUCGUCAAAGUUACAAGCAGUGUGAUUUAGUGUCAGAUUUUUUAGGGGAAAGUUAUGAUGCACAUAAUGCUUUGUAUGACUGUAAAUCUUUAUUUAAACUGGUGCGAUCACAUGGAAAUUUAGCUUCUCAUUUCUGUAAGUAUACAUUUGAUGGAAUGUACCCAAAAUAUUGCCAAAAUGACUUAUCUUUCAAAGCUCUUGUUGAAAAUAAAGUAAUGUCAAAACAAUUAGCCAAAAAGGCAGCUUCAACUGGGUUGUGCAAGAAGCAUUUUAUUUUGUCAAUUCAAAGAAAUGGUAUUGAUGGACUGAGGGCACUUUUGUCUCAGAAAAAUAGUUCAGGUGUAGUACGUGUUACAACAUCAAAAUCUAUCAUUCAGAAGGUGUAUGAUUUUUUUGUUAUAUGAAAUGAAGAGUAAAUCGUUUUAGAUUCCAUAUGAAUCUGAUUAUAUAUACAUUGUAGAAUUUAAAUGGAACAAUUAUGGUGAAUGCUACUAGAGAUUAACAGAAAUUUUAAUCUACAGACAUACUUGCUUCUGUGACCAAGCUUCUAUUAUAUCAAUUAGCAAUAAUUGUUAUUAUCAAAGAAACCUAUUUCUUAGGAUGCUAAAUCUUUGACCUUAUGGAGAAUCAGGUCAAUAUAUAUAAUAUAAAGAUUUAAAUACUACAUUGCACCAUAAAUGUUAAAGUUAAUAUUUGUUUGUGAGCUAAAUUUUUGGAUAAGAGAUUAGAAAAUUUUGACUGGUCCUGUAGUCUACUACGCAUACCUUAUUUUUUAGCAAUUUGAUUGAUCCGUCCAUGCUGAAUGUCAGGAAAUAGAAUUUUAGUAGUAAAAUUUUUUAUAAAAUUUUAUAAUGUUGUCUAUAGUUCUUUAAUUGUAUGAAGGAUUUAAAGUCAAAGAUGACAUUUUGUUUUACCACAGUAAGAAUGAUCAUAUUGUGUACCACACAUAUGUUGUGUGAUCCAUAUUAGUGAAUGUAAUUUGUUAGACUUGAAAAAGACUACUUAAACUUAUAUCUACCUGAUAUAUAGUUUAUAACAUGUUUAUAAUUUGUACUGUCAUUGUAUAAUAUCACUACUUAUUUAAGGAUUUGUCAGCUGUUGCCAUCAGUUUGUGUCAAUUCUUGUCUUCUGUUCACAUUUCAUAUCUUAAUUUAG